AUGACCACCCUAUCUUUAUUUUCUAGGACACUAUGGACCCCCGGGGACCAGCUCCCCAGUCUUUCCAGAGGGCUGAGAAACCUGGUCGGGUCCGCCGCCGAAAGACCAGGCGGGAGCGAAAUGAAGCCCUGGUGGACAGCCGCCGGCCAUUGACCCAUCAGGAUCCUCCUGUAGCCAGUUGGAAUCCACCCAUGGACCUCCAGGAUCCUGUGGUCCCUACUGCCCCCAAGCUUGUGGUCAUAACCCAGGGCCGGUUAAGCCGGGAGCACCGGGGUCUCUUCAAUCAUGAGGUGAAAUCUCUGGACGUGGCACGACUGCUUAGCAGUGGGUCCCUGGAGCCAGGCACCCCCUCACUACCCACCAAGCCUUCCCCAAGCCCAAGCAGGGCCCAAGAACCAGCCCCACAGUCAAGGGGCAAGGAGAAUCAGGUGCUUGGAGACUCGGGCCCAGGCCCACCCAGUCCCCCAGACCUCCCUGGCUUGGGGCAGCUGCUGGGGGACCUGCAGGGCCAGCUGAUUCUGCCACAGGCCUUCCCCAGGAGGAACCUAGUACAAGAGGCCAGAGAUGCCAUCCUGGGUACCUUACAGGCUUGCCACGGCUGUGUGCCUGACCUUACCUUGGUGCUCCGGGGCUGCCAGCCACCCUUGUCAGGGACCAAGCCUGGGUCCCCUGAGAGAAGAAGGAUCAACAGCCCUGAGCAGGCCCCAGGAGAAGGAAGGCAGAGGAGGAGACAGGGGACAAAGGAAUUCGCCUUUGCCAUGCCUCACAGCUCCAGCACUCCCAGCACACACAGGGUGAGCCUGGCACCACCGAAAGCUUCUUGGCCACCUACAUUGCCUUCGCCAUCUGCAGCAGCCUGGGGCCCCCCAACAGCCUUUGACCUGCUGAAAAGCAUCUGGCUGGUAGCCACACCACCCCCUCCCUGGCCCUGUGAGGUCAGUACACCACAGCUUCUGCCUGAGCUGCCAUCCCCCUUGUUGCCCCGAACCUCUGCCCUGGACUGGAGUCCCAGCCCCCCUGCCCCACUGCCCAGCCUCUCCUGGGCAGUGGCCCAGAGCAGCCCUGAGGCCUGGUCCUUUCCACCCAUGAGACUGUACUAA